AUGGCUACUAAUUUCAGUGCAUCACUAACACAAGCUUCUGAUGAAGCUAAUGAGAUGUAUUGUGAGGAAUGUGAGAGACAUGGUGACGGUCAUGUUACAGCUGUAGCUUUCUGUGUAGAUUGUGUGGAAUAUAAAUGUGCAACCUGCCAAAAGUAUCACAGGAGACAAUUCCAAAAUCACAAACUCCAAGAUAGUGACCAUAUGCCGCAGGAUUUUUAUUUCGAGAAAUGUUCUGCCCAUCCUAACCAGCUGAUUAAGUUUUACUGCUCUGACUGUAUCAAAGAAGCCUGCAAGGAAUGCAAGGAUAAUGAGCAUGUAAACUGUAGUGAUAUAAACCAUUUACCAACCCUUGCUUCAGACAUACAAAAAAGUGAGGAAUUUAAAGGUCUAAGAAAAUAUAUAGAUAAAUUAAAAGAGGAUAUAAAAUACACCAACACGCUGGUAAAAGCAAAAUGUGAAGUGAUUGACAAACAAGAGGAACAGGCAACUGAAGCAUGUAAGGAAUAUAAAGACAAACUAUUAGCAGCUUACACACUUCAACAUCAAAAUCUCAUUGACAAUUUUGAUAAGAAAUUAAAUGAGACAGUUGUUAAGUUAGAAAAAGAAAGAAAAGACCUAAUUCAGGAAUUAUCUGAAAAGGAGAAAAAGUUUGAAGAAAAUAUUAAAAAAGCUGAAACUGAUAUAAUAGAAGAGGUUGUUAGCACAAACACAAACUUUAAGUCACUCAAGUUAGAGCAUUUGAAUUUGGUUGAAAACUUGAAAGCUCUUACUGUUGAACUAAAACAUGCUCAGAAUUUAGGUCAAAACUGCAAACUUUUAAUCAAAUUAAAGUCUGCAAAACAACUAUGCGAAAAUCUUCACAAAUCAAUUGAACAAAUGUAUCAUGUCAAUAUACAGCGCUACAAAUUCAAAAUAUCCGACUUUCAACCAGCAAAACAAUCUUCAGAGAAUAGGACAGCGUAUUUCUCAUUUGAAAAAGUAUCUGUAGAAAGGAGGAUUGUCUUUGACUUUGAUAUCAAAUCUCUCUCUAAUGAUAUUAAUUCUUUACUUGUUUUAUCUGAAGGUACAUUAAUAUUCUCAGAUUGUGCAAAAUGCAGCCUGGUCAUAUGCACUUUUGUAAAGUCAAACAGAAAAUAUAUGAAUGACAUCAAAUUUGAGACAAAACCAUGGGAUAUCACGAAAGUGUCAGAUUAUGAAGCUGCAGUUACAUUUCCAGAUGAAAGACAUAUUAAACUGAUAAAAUUUUCUGAAGAUAUGAAAGUUUUAAAUACUUCUGAGAUACCAGGACAUGCUUCUUGCUUUGGUAUAGCUUACAGUAAUAACCAUCUCGUUGUUUCAUAUUUGUUUCCAAGUAGUGUUAAGAUUUUAAGCUUGUCAGGUGAAAUAAUGAAAGCAUUUGACAAAGAUGAUAAUGGUAAGGAUCUGUUUUCAUGUCCUUAUUACUUGACUGUUAGUCCUGACAAUACGAUGAUUUAUGUUUCUGACAGCUCCACUGAAACCGUCACCUGUUUGAACUUUAAUGGUAAGGUAUAUUUCAUCUAUAAAGAUGAUCACUUGAAAAGUCCGAAUCAACUUGUUGUGGAUGAAUAUGGAUCAGUGUAUGUGUGUGGUUAUAAAUCAAACAAUAUCCACCACUUAUCAAGUGACCUAACCAAGGUGAAGAUCCUGAUUGACGGAAGACAUGGAAUAGCUGGACAUAUAGUUUCAGGUGCAUCACUAACGCAAGCUUCUGAUGAAGCUAAUGAGAUGUAUUGUGAGGAAUGUGAGAGACAUGGUGACGGUCAUGUUACAGCUGUAGCUUUCUGUGUAGAUUUGUGUGGAAUAUAA